CCAGUACGCAUGCGCAGUGUCAGGAUAAUAAGAGCUAGCAGGGCAGAAUGGACGUGACGCUCCAAACCUGAUAAACACAUGUUAUCGUCCUGAUCCAAGUAAGACACUUCACCCGGAUGUGCAGUGACUGACACGGAGGGAUUUCACAGCUGGACUCGAACUGGCUCGACAUGGGAAAAGGCUGUAAAGUGGUGGUGUGUGGCCAGGCAGCAGUUGGGAAAACUGCCAUUUUGGAGCAGUUGCUAUACGGAAAUCACUCUGUAGGCUCUGAGUCCAGUGAGACGCAGGAGGACGUGUACGUGGCCUCGGUGGAAACUGACCGUGGUGUGAAGGAGCAGCUGAGGCUCUACGAUACUAAGGGUCUCCACGAUGGACAAGACCUCCCCAAGCACUACUACUCCGUGGCAGACGGCUUCGUACUCGUCUACAGCGUCGACAGCUUGGAGUCUUUCAAGAAGGUGGAUUUUCUGAAGAAGGAAAUCGACAAAUCCAGAGAUAAAAAAGAGGUGACGGUUGUAGUGCUGGGGAACAAGACAGACCUGCGGGAGCGUCGGCAGGUGGACCAGGAGGUGGCGCAGCAGUGGGCGAGAGGUGAGAAGGUGAAGCUGUGGGAGGUGAGCGUCACCGAACGCAACUCGCUCAUCGAGCCCUUCACCCAGCUGACCAGCCGCCUCACCCAGCCUCAGAGCAAAUCUUCCUUCCCUCUUCCAGGGCGCAAAAGCAAAGGCACUCCGUCCAACGACAUGUGAAACUCUGAAGACCCCCUACACGCACUCCUCUCUGCUCCUGCUAUGGACAGGCUGCAUUCACCUCACAUGGGAACAACUAGCAGGACAACAGGGAUUGCCUUUAGCUUAGCAACAUGACUUUAACUGCUUCUGUGUACAUUUGAUCAUUUCCACACAUUCAUUCACGUAUAUGCAAUAUUCGUAUCAUGAAGGAACAGCUCAGCAUUGUGGGAAGUUCCCUGAUCGACUUGCUUUUUGAAAGUGAGAGGAAAAGAUCAAUAUAAUGGAUGUGUGUUAAGGGACAUGCCUCCAAAGAUCUCUAUUUAAUAUAUCAUCUAAUUUUCUUUGUUCACAAAUAAAUGUAAAACAGAAAGGUCAAGUCAUUGAGCUCAAGCUCUCUGCUUAAGAUCGAUGGUACCAAAUCAGGCAAAGUCACUGAUGCCAACACUUCAGGGAAAAUUGUGAUUUUGAAAAAUAAUUUCUUUGUAACUCCUUCUCAACAAAGAGCAAAUAUCUGCUGCUUCUGGAAUCUUGUCAUCACAGUAAUGUUGCCAAGUCUGGCCACUGUGCCUGGACGAUAGUAAAACCUAUGCUCGUCAACCAUAUCUGGCAGCCAAGGCUGUAGCUGGUGACAAGUUAACUGUUGAUUGGCUAGAAACGGCUCCAGCUUACACUCAUUGGCCACUUCAUUCAGUGCAACGUAAACAUUUAACAGUUUUUACAGACGGUUCUUACUGACACUGUCAGAAAUGUGUUAACAUCAUCACUAAAAUAUAUAACUGAGUUUACACCUCUACCAUAAAGGCAUGAUAAAAGUAGAGUUUAUGGCUGAGCAGUUGUAAUGGACCGUCCAGCUGUAACUAACAGUGAAUACCGAGUACAACUUGUUCUGUCCCUUCAAUGCAAGGCAGUCACUGGAAAUAGAAUACAAAUGAAAAGCAGGCUAGCAGCUUCCCUGCACUCUAUGCUAAGCUAAGGCUAAACGAGUCGAGUAGCUAGCUCCACACUUAACGCACAGACAUUGUUACUGACCGUCUCCACUUACCCUGGGAAAAAAGUUAGAUAAGUGAGUUUUCUGAAAUGCUGAACCUCUUAAUAUGAGGGCUCAUGUUGUAGUUCACCUUCUUUAAAAUCACUAACCCUUGAAAGAAAGCUUUUCCAUACAGUGCUCAACACUAACAGGAAGGUGAUCUGGUUUUCAUGGGAAAAACAUCACUUAAAAAAGAAAGCACUUUAGUACCAAAGAUUCCAGACGACUCGAAAACAGAUUGAUUGGUUUGGCAUUUGAGUUGUGGUCGUGAAAUAAUGUGCGACCUCCACUGUUCUUUUCAUUUGAAAUGUGUGUAUCCUCCCAAGUUGAAGGACAAGUUCAUAAGUCAUGUUAUUACAAAGAGUUCUAUCAUCUCGGUCAUGGCAGCGAGGAGAAUCCAAUCAAAGGCCAAUCUGCAAACAGACUCACAAUCCACUCCCAACAUAUUUAUGCACUGAACAAAUGGAGAUUGGAUUGAAUCUCAUUACGACCAGUACAGGGUAAAUGACUACAGCCACCUUUAAAUCUAUAGACAUGCAGCUGAACAUGUGCUUGACUUGAGAAAUCUGAAACUCUCUUCAAAACUCGGGCAUUGAACACCUCAUGUGGUUCAUAAACAGAGUUUACAGAGUUAAAGGACCUGAAACGCUAUUUCCCAUCUGAUGUGAACGCAGCACCAGUCCUUUGUCCGGUUAGUAUCAAAUAGUAAAUAUGGCUCGGCAGCAAUAACGUUCAUGGUACUACCUUAACUUGUGGUGUUUGAUUUCAUAAUGUCUGACCUUAGCUGCACUCCUGUGUGUCGUCCAGCCUCUAUAAUCCAAUAGGGCUCCUGGUUAAAGCUGUGUGAGAGUGUGUGUGUGUGUGUUUGUGUAAAAGCCUUUUUAACAGUAAAAAUCUGUGUUAAGAGGAAAUAUUUAUUUUUUAACUAAUUUAUAUUUGUCACUUUAAUGAGCAACAUUCCCUGACUGAAAACAAACAAACAUGGAGAGACUGUGAUGGAUGACCUGCGCUGUUUUCUGUGUCCUCAGUGUUUCUGAGUAUAAACAUUUCAUGUGCUGCUAGUAGAACAGAGGUAGUGACAUCAAGACUUCAGUCAAACUAACCCUGAACUGUUCUAAUCGGUCUUAAAAUGUGCUGCAUAAAAAUAAAAACCUCUUCAUAACAAA